AUGGAGCUGAUAGGCGGGAACGUCUACGAAUGUUUCUAGCGGUAUCCGGAGGGCCGGCUCAACGACCCAUCCUCGAUCAGUCUGACGCAAAAAACUCUACUCUGACAGCUCGUGAUAACAACACAGUCUGGUACCACCAAGGUCCAGAGGGCCUGGCAGAGGCGCGGAUGUGGAUUGCGAAGUAUUCUUUGGCUCAGGCCAAACAACGUCUUGAACGAUCCAGACGGUACUAUGCUUCUACACCUGAGCCCCAACGCAAGGCUCGCUAUCAGGAGUACUUAAAAAUCCUUCGGGGUACGGCACUUCUAUGCAGUCAGGUGGGCGACGCACGGCCUCUAACGUGUUGCCGAUUCUCUCCAGAUGGGGCGAUGCUGGCGACCACAUCUCUGAGUGGCCUUUGCCGCCUCUGGUCAGUGCCAGAUUGUGAGCCGCAGCUGAGCCUACGCGGCCACCAGUCAGGCGCCUGUUGCAUAGCCUGGCAUCCUCAGGCGCGCCUCCAACCGAACCUCCAAAUCGCUCUCGCCAGCUCUGCGCAGGACGGGAGUGUGAAGUUAUGGAGUUUGGACAACGAGGAGCCGCUGGCAGAUAUUGAGGGUCACGCGCCCUACCGCGUUUCACGAAUUGCUUUUCAUCCUUCGGGUCGCUUCUUGGGCACGACAUGCUUCGACUCCUCCUGGCGCUUGUGGGACUUGGAAGUGUGCGCUGAGAUUCUCCACCAAGAAGGCCACUCAAAACCCGUCUAUGACAUUGCUUUCCACCCUGAUGGCUCGCUAGCCCUCACUGCCGGUCUGGACAGCUAUGGGCGGGUGUGGGAUUUGCGCACCGGCAGGUGUAUUAUGUUUCUUGAAGGGCAUUUAGAGGAAAUGCUUGGCGUCGAUAUCGCUGCCAACGGCUAUCAUGCUGCUUCCUCCUCCGCCGAAAAUUGCGUGCGCAUCUGGGACCUACGCCAACAGCAGACAAUUUAUGUCAUCCCCGCACACACCAGCGUUGUCAGCUCGGUGAAAUUCGAACCGGGAAGUCACAACUACCUGGUGACGAGUUCCUUUGAUAAGACAAUCAAGUUGUGGGGCCAUCCCCUCUGGUCACCGAUCCGAACUCUGGAGGGCCACUCAGGACGCUGUGUAUACGCAGACAUCUCUCCGGACAAAAAACUUAUUGCCUCUGCCUCACAUGAUCUUACAUUCAAACUGUGGUCUCCCCACAUUGAAGAACACUACUAA